AUGAAAACAUCAAUUUUAUCCAUAUUUUUAUUAAUACUUGUCGUCAACACUUUUGUGAGCGCAAGUAAUGUUUUAGAGUUGACGACAGAUAAUUUUGACAAGAUAGUUGGUAAAGAUAAAUUCGUACUUGUAGAGUUUUUUGCUCCAUGGUGUGGCCAUUGCAAGAAUUUGGCUCCUAUUUAUGAACAACUAGCCGAUUCAUUUACAGCUGCCAAAGAUCGAGUAAUUAUCGCAAAAGUUGAUGCAGAUAAUUACAAAGAUUUAGGAAGUCGUUUUGGAAUUACAGGGUUCCCUACUUUGAAAUGGUUUGACAAAAAUGUAAUAGAUAAACCCGAAGAUUAUAGUAAAGGACGCGAUUUGAGCAGUUUAACUUCUUUCGUUGAAGAGAAAAGCGGUGUGAAAGCUAAAAAAGCUGUAACAGCAGUUACUGAACUUACUUCUCAAACCUUUGUUGAAAUUGCUUUAAGUCCUGAGAAAAAUGCAUUGGUCGAAUUUUAUGCACCUUGGUGUGGACAUUGCAAAAAUCUCGCUCCAAUUUACGAAAGCGUUGCGAAAGAUUAUGCUCAAGAAUCCAAUUGUGUUGUUGCCAAUGUUGAUGCUACAGAACAUAAAGACAUUGCUGAAAAAUAUGGAGUCACUGGGUAUCCGACAAUUAAAUUUUUUCCAAAAGGAGAAGAUAAGACGCCAAUUGAUUAUCAAGGUGGAAGGACAGAACAAGAUUUUAUUGAUUUUUUGAAUGAACACUGCGGAACACAUCGUAUCGUUGGUGGAAGCUUAUCUGAGGAGGCUGGUAGAAUACCUGAAUUAGACGCGUUCGCAAUAAAAUUUACAAAUGCCGCCACAUUGACAGAUGUUGAUUUGGUUAUUUCAGAAGCCAAAGUUGUUGCUGACAAGUCGGACAAUAAGUUUGCCCAAUAUUAUGUUAAAAUCAUGGAUAAGAUUAAAGACAAGAAAGAUUAUAUUGAUAAUGAAAUUGCUAGAUUAGAAAAAAUUAUUAAAUCUGGUACAAUUUCAGCUAGCAAAAUUGACGAUUUCACAAUCAGAAAAAAUAUUUUGGCAAUUUUCCAUAAAGAUAAAGUAAUAACCCCCCAUCAAGAAUUGUAG